CAUGUGCCACAUGCUCUUCAGGGUCUGGAUUUAGGAGGAGGACUCCCACCCACUCAAAUGGCAGGCGAUAAGGUCACCGGGACCUUGGUUUUCACCAUCUUCACCACCGUCCUGGCCUCCUUCCAGUUUGGAUAUGACAUUGGUGUAAUCAAUGCACCUCAGCAGAUUAUAGUUUCCCAUUAUAGAUAUGUGUUGGGUGCUCCACUGGAAGACCGAAAAGCUAUCGACAGCUAUGCUAACAACAGUACAGAUGAGAUGCCCGAAGACCUGUACCCAGGGACCCCAACACCCACCCCUGGGACUGAGGAAGAGAAUGUGGCAUCGGCCGGCCUGAUCACCAUGCUCUGGUCCCUGUCUGUGUCCAGCUUUGCAGUCGGUGGAAUGAUAGCAUCAUUCUUUGGGGGGUGGCUUGGAGACAAACUUGGAAGAAUCAAAGCUAUGAUGGCAGCAAACAUUCUCUCACUACUUGGAGCACUACUGAUGGGGUUUUCAAAACUGGGACCUACUCAUAUCCUUAUAAUUUCAGGAAGAAGUAUAUCAGGACUCUACUGUGGACUCAUUUCAGGCCUGGUUCCAAUGUACAUUGGAGAGAUUGCUCCAACCACGCUCAGGGGUGCUCUGGGCGCGCUUCACCAGCUGGCCAUUGUCACUGGGAUUCUGGUUAGCCAGGUUGUUGGCCUUGAGUUUGUCCUGGGCAAUGCCGACCUGUGGCACAUCAUGCUGGGCCUUCCUGCUGCAAGAGCCUUACUCCAGUCUCUACUGCUCCUCUUCUGUCCAGAAAGCCCUCAGUACCUUUACAUCACGUUAGAAGAGGAAGCCAAAGCAAAGCAGAGCUUGAAAAGGCUCAGAGGAUGUACUGAUGUCACCAAAGACAUGACCGAGAUAAAAAAGGAAAAGGAAGAAACUCUAAGAGAACAGAAAGUCUCCAUAAUUCAGCUCUUCACCAAUUCCAGCUACCGACAGCCCAUCCUAGCAGCUCUGAUGCUACACAUGGCCCAGCAGUUUUCUGGCAUCAACGGGAUCUUUUACUACUCAACCAGCAUUUUUCAGUCAGCGGGAAUCAGCCAGCCUGUGUAUGCGACCAUCGGAGUUGGUGCUGUCAAUACUGUUUUCACUGCUCUCUCUGUCUUCCUUGUGGAGAAGGCAGGGCGGAGAUCUCUGUUUCUGAUCGGAAUGAGUGGCAUGUUUUUCUGUGCCAUCUUCAUGUCGGUGGGACUUGUGUUACUGGAUAAAUUUACUUGGAUGAGUUACGUCAGCAUGGUAGCCAUCUUUCUUUUCGUCAGCUUCUUUGAAAUUGGGCCUGGCCCCAUUCCCUGGUUCAUGGUGGCUGAGUUUUUCAGUCAAGGCCCACGGAGUGCAGCGUUGGCCGUGGCCGCCUUCAGCAACUGGGCCUGCAACUUCCUCGUGGCCGUGUGCUUCCAGUACAUUGUGGACCUCUGCGGACCCUACGUGUUCUUCUUCUUUGCUGGGGUGGUACUGGCCUUUACCCUGUUUACAUUCUUUAAAGUUCCCGAAACCAAAGGGAAGUCCUUUGAAGAAAUCGCAGCAGAGUUCCGAAAGAAGAGGGGUGGUGACCCAUCCCCAAGGCCAAAGGCAGCUGUCGAAAUGGAAUCCCUGGGCCCUACGGACAAUGCGUGAGACAAUGUGCUCCUAACAUGGACAUAAGGAGGACACCAUGUUCCCGUGACAGUUCCAUGAGAAUGUUCUUGCUGGGUUUUAAGUAUUAUUUUAUAUUCUUAAAGAGCUUUAUGAGCUCUGGUAUGAAAUGUCAUUAAAUAUUACCAAUAAAGUAUUUUUUUCAUUCAAAAAUACGCUUUUGAGAGUAAAACCCUUGCAGCAGUCAUACACCACAAUUAACCCUGAUGUAAACAUAGUGCAUUAUUCCCCUGAGAGCAGCCAUUCUGUACUGGCCACACGUAUGACUACUUUGCCUUAUGGUAACUCUCUCUGUAACUGCUGACCCAUGACUAUUUAUUUUUUGAAAUUGCUGAUGUUACUUGUAAAGCCCCAUUUUAUUUGUAUAAGUCCUCGUAUUUCCGGAUGGCGUGAUGCCACCUGCCCUGGUGCCUGGCUUAUUCCACAGUACAAAACGCCUCUGUCUUUAGCCAGUUGGAGUCAAGAGUGAAUUAAGCAUUAGCUGCCUCUUGACCGCCAGCCAAUAAAGGCUUAUUAAUCUUAA